CCUGAGGGUCGUGGCGGGGUGUGGAAAGGUGCACCGGCCUGCUGGCCUGGAGGUCUGGGCGGCCAGCACCGGUGCCUAAGGCCAGAUCCCACUCAGCCUCAGUUUCCCUUCCGAAACAAGGGUGUCGGGAGGAGGCCACGUCCUCGCCCUCCCGGGGUCCAGGAAGACCGCACGGGGAGACGUGCCUAGGAGGACUUCAGGGCGAAGCGUCGGGAUUAGUGGACAGGUGGUAGGCAGGCAGGGAGGGAGGGAGUAGUAGGCGGUAGGGCAAAGGCACAUAUGGCAAAACGACUCUGGCGACGCAGCUAAGCCGCGGGGUGCUUGUGUCCCAGGAAUAACGGGACCCAACUAUGGAUGAGGUCACCUUCAAAAGUGACACUGUGCUGUCAGAUGUCCACCUCUACACCCCGAACCAGAGACGCCUCAUGGUGCGGCUAAAUGGCGUGGGGCAGCCUGUCUUCCUGUCCCCGUUCAAGCUUCUGUGGAGUCAAGACUCUUGGACAGACUCUGGGACCAAGGGUGACCAUCACAGAGAUGCUCACACAUGGGAGGCCCCUCCUGCUGGCUCAGGCAGCCCAGGGUCCCCUCCUGGCAGUGGCCACAGCCAUGUGGGUUCCCCACUCCAGGCAGAGGCAGGAGCUCAGCUGGAUGAGGAUGGGGAUUUGGACGUGGUGAGAAGACCACGGGCCACCUCUGAUCCUGACCAGGAAGAGCCUCCAAGAGACAAGGUACACCCCAUGAUUCUCGCACAGGAGGAAGAUGAUGUCAUGGGAGACGAAGCUCCAGAGAGCUGCCCCAACAGUGUCAUCCAAAUAGUUCCAUCCCGUCUAGAGCACACCAUGGCCACCCCGCUGGAGGAUGUUGGCAAGCAGGUGUGGCGAGGCGCCCUCCUCCUGGCAGACUACAUCCUGUUCCGACGGGACCUCUUCCAAGGACGCACUGUGCUGGAGCUCGGGGCAGGCACGGGGCUUGCUAGCAUUGUGGCAGCCACCGUGGCGCGGACAGUGUAUUGUACAGAUGUCGGUGUGGAUCUCCUGGCUAUGUGCCAGCGGAACGUCACCCUCAACAGCCACCUGGCUGCCGCGGGAGGAGGUGUGGUCAAGGUCAGGGAGCUGGACUGGCUGAAGGACGAACUCUGCACAGACCCCGAGGCCCCCUUCAGCUGGUCGGAAGGGGACAUCGCUGACCUGUACGACCACACCACCGUGCUGUUUGCAGCCGAAGUGUUCUACGACGACGACCUCACGGAUGCGCUGUUCGCCACGCUGUCCCGCCUCGCGCACAGGCUGAAGAACGCCUGCACCGCCAUCCUGUCGGUGGAGAAGCGGCUCAACUUCACGCUGCGACACUUGGACGUCACGUGCGAAGCCUACGACCACUUCCGCUCCUCCCUGCACGCUCUGGAGAAGCUCGCCCACGGCAAGCUGCGCUUCGUGGUGGAGCCCGUGGAGGCCUCCUUCCCGCAGCUCCUGGUCUACGAGCGCAUCCGGCAGCUGGAGCUGUGGAAGAUCGUUGCAGAGCCAGCAGCAUGACCGGCCUGGGCAAGGCCCGUGGCCAGCUGUCCUCCCGAUCUGCUUCUAAUAAACCCAAAGCUCACGCAGUCCUGCGCCUGAGGUGCUGUCACUUUAGGGAUGCGGUGAGUGUGCCUCAGGUGGCCCCUCGUGGCUUCCUGGGGCCUCCGCUGCCUCCCGCAGCAGCCAGAGCCCUGCUGCUCUGGGAGUCGCCAGGCCUGCGGUCUGUGUGGGCCCCUCGGCCCGGCUGCCCCGCGCUGCCUGUGGAGCGGGGGGCAUGUUCCCCACUGGCCCUCGGCGGACCUCCCUGGGGUGGGCUGGGAGGUCAGGUAGUUCUUGCCGGCUCUCCUCUGUUCACGAGUGACCGAAACUGCCGUGACGCCGCUGGGCACAGCAGCGCCUCCCCUCCCGGCCUCCGUCUCUCCGCCUGUCCUCCAGGGAGCGGCUGGACGUUCCCAGGGCUUCUGUCAGAGCCUCAGCCUCUGUAACCACAGUCAGGUGCGCUCAGAGCAGCCGGAGAUGCCCUCCCGGCCUCGGGGCUGCCCCCCGGGGGACCCUUCCGCUUGCCCUCGGCCUCCCUGUCCACCAGGUCUCUGUGCCCGCUCCCAGGGGCUCCUCGCCGCCCCUCACUGCCCCUCCUGCCAGUCGGCCUGUCCUGCUCCACCCUGGGCGCGCCUCCUGGCUCCUGCUGAGUCCAGGCACCAGGCCGGCCCAGCUCUCCCCGCCCACCCCUCAGAGCGCAGGGCUGCCCCUUCCCUUCCAGCUGGGCCAGCUGCCCCAGGGGCAGGUCAGCGCCUGCACUCACCGCACCGUCACCAGCUUAUCCUCACGCCCAGGGUCAGGCAUUGGCAAGUCCAGAGCCGCUUUUCCUUUCCAACACAUCAAGGUCAGCAUCACGGUUGUACCCGUUCCACAGCUGAGAAGGCCGAGGCCGCUGAAGGAAAAGUCCCGUUUGUCUGAAGCAUCUGCCUCUCGAGUGGAUCUUACUGUCGAGUGGCCUUUUGCACAUGGCGCUGGGGCUCGCGUUGACGUGAUCGCGCACAUGCACAGAAUCUGCCCCAGGCCAGUCCCCAGUGCCGCCUUUCCCUCCCCGUCCCCUUCCCACCACUCCUGAUCUUUCUUCUAUUUCCAGCUCCUUCCCCUUGGUGCACUGUAGAAGGACACAGAGGUGAAAUUCACUGCGGUGUAGUCAUGUACGUAUGCAGAGCGUUCGUUCCGAUCCACUGAUACGUGAAUAUCAGUACAAUCUCCAGUGAGCACAGUGUCUCCUCGCUGUGGGUCGUUUGCCUCCAGGGGCAUUUGGCAAUGUUUGGAGAUGGGUGCUACUGGUAUCUAAGGGGUGGAGGCCAGAGAUGCCACCGAACAUGCAGAGUGCACAGGAGAGCCCAGCAGAGGGCCCAGGCCUCCUGUCCGCAGUGCCAGGGCGGGGCCGAUCUCGAGGAGGACCUGCCUCCAGGAGCAGGUGUGGUCUCAGCUGAACAUGGAGGCGGGGGAUGCAGGGUGUGGCUCGCCCACCUCGGGGUGUGAAGGAAACCU